AUGUCCACCUAUGGCUAUGAGAAUUGUGUCUCUGGGACAUUCUACGGUUUCACGAAAACCGAAUUUAACCCUGGAGACACGCUCAACCUGCAGUGGGGAGCGAUCGACGACGGGGAAACUCCGCUCAACAUCACCCUAGGGCGGGCUGGAGGAUACAUUGUUGAUCCGAUCAUUGUUGGCGCCCAAUUCACCGAGACGAGUGCCCUCUAUCAACUUGUCGUCAAUGAGACUGCGAACUGUACACUGGAAGAAUACAGCUGGGCGAUUCCGACAGACUUCAACACGACCAAUCCAGAGUAUCAAAUCGGGAUUUUCAACGCAUCUGUCCUUCUUGGUGCGGAUGGGAAUGCUUUGUUCGGCUGGCAAGCCUGGAGCCCAGACUUCUAUGUCCGUCCUGCGAGUACUACUUCGACGGCAGAUUCAACCAGCACGGCAACAAGCACAGCAACAGGUACUGAAACAAGCACGGCAAGUGAAACGUCGACCACGUCCUUGUCAUCUGCUUCCACCUCCGCAUCAGCUUCGUCUUCUUCGGAAACCCAGAGUCAAAAAUCGAAUAUAAACACUGUUGGCAUCGGCGUUGGAGUCGGAGUCGGAGUCGCAGCUCUAGCAGGCAUCCUCCUAGGCGCAUACUAUCUCUCGCGGCGACGUAGAAAGGCUCAGAUCCCACCACAGAGUUUCGGCCCUGUCCAACAACGUCCUCCAGUGGAGCUACCAGCCACGGAGAAGCGGCCUCCUGCGUAUGAGCUGCAAGGGUGA